GUUGCGCAGUGAGGGAGUGACGCGCUCAUCUUCUCGAAUUGUUUAUUUGGAACAUUAGACAGUAACGAUGCCUCUCCUCAGUGGCUGCUGCUGUUUUGACCUUAAGGUCGGCACCAAGAUCAUCGGCACGCUGAACCUGAGAUAGGCAUACUUGGGUCAUGUGUGUAUCGGCUCUUCUUGCUAGUGGAAGAUAUGAAGACUCUUGCUUGGGUAUGUAGAGAAUAUACUCGGGCUCCUUCUGUAAGUUGUUUACUGGGAGGUAGCACAAUAUCCAGCCCACCAGACGUCCACCUGCUCUGGAGGCGAGCUAUACACUGACUGCCCAGUCUACCCUUCAGUGGUACCCACGGCUCUUUGCGUAUGACGUCAGAGGUCUUAGCUGCUUCGUGAUUGGUGAACACACUAUCCGUCUGCAAUUUGAAGGCUGACAUGUGGAUUGAUUGGGGCCCUAUUGAACAGCCUGAUGCUGGCCGUGGUGUUGGUGAUACUUUCUCUACUGAGCAGCGGAACAAACUCGGUAACCUCACUCGAGCCAAGCCCACGCCCUAUCUACAGUGAUGAUGAUGACUAUGCUGACCUACAAGAAGAAGCUAAGAAUGUGCUUGAGAUAUUCAGGGAAAACAUUGAUUUAGCAAAAAUUGUGAUUUACAUCUUGUUCGGCACAGCUUUGCUAUUAGUCAUCACAUCCUCCAUGCUUAUCCAUGGUGUCAGGCGGAACCGUCGAGGUCUCCUUGUACCAUUCAUUAUACAUGACAUGAUCAACGUGAUAAUCUUCUUUGGUUUUGCUGUUGUGGUUCUUGUUGUAUUUGGAACUCACACUGUGAUCAUUUCUUCAGCUAUCAGUAUUUUUGCAGCAAUCUUAAUUCAAAUUUAUUUUUUGUUGGUGGUGAUCUCUCAGUAUCAAGCUCUCGGACUCCUUCGGAUGCAUGAAGAAAUAAGCAUGAAAUAAUGUGCAUAAAACUUUAAUAAUCACUCAUUUGUAUCUUGGUUUAUUGCAGGUCUUUGUCAAGUAAAAAAAAUUGUAAUAUUGUAUUUGUAUUAUAAGGAAAGUUUAUACGUAAUAUUAAAAGCAAAAGUUAUGUUACACUCCACUCAGCACAUUAGGGAGCCUCAUCUUGAUUUGGUGUCUAGUUUAUGCUAAUACAGUAUACAUAAAUGAGUUAUAAAGUAUACAUUUUCUUUUAGUUGUAUUUAUAGAAAUAUAGCCAAGUCUCUCAUAAUGUAUAGUUUAUUUAAAUUUGUUGUUAAAACUACUAUUCCUUGAGGAAUUAAAUGAUGCAUGUUUAAUUUGUUAUAUUGUAGUAGAUUUUCACUUUGUAAUAGUAAUGCAGUACUAUAUUAUAUUUUAGUACCGUAAUUAUAUUUUAUUACUGUGUAUUUAAUGUCAUUACUUGGUACAAAGAACAUAUAUUUUCACUAAAGUAUAUUUAAGGAUUUAUUUUGUAGAGGUGAUCAGAAUUUUAUGGUCAUUCACCUGCCAUAUUAUUCAGGCCCUCAAUAAAUAUGUUAUUAAAAAGCUAACAUUUGUAAAAACAA